GCUUUAACAGGUGAAGAGGAAAGGAAAUAGCAGAAAGUUUACUACAACGAGCAGGAAAGACAGAAAAGAAAAGCAUGGAUGAUUUGUCACAUGACUCCAGUAGUGUCCUGUUCAAAAAGCAGCUGCUGUGUUCGAUUUGUCUGGAUGUGUUCACUGAUCCAGUCACCACUCCAUGUGGACACAACUUCUGCAAGAGCUGCCUUACACAGUGCUUGGAGAAGAAUCGACACUCUCAAUGUCCGUUAUGUAAUGUAAAAUUCGCUAAGAGACCUGAACUGAAGAUUAAUACAACACUGAGAGAGGUUGCAGAUCAUUUCAAGAAGAAAAGUGUUUCUGACAAACCUGAGGAUGCCUGCCCUGGAGGGAAGCUGAAGAUCCUGAAAUCCUGUCUUGAUUGUGUUGUGUCUCGUCUACAACCUCAUAACAUUGCUCCAAGACUAAGGAAACACAAAUUAAUAAACCCUGUGGAGAACCUGGAGGACUACAUAUGUCAGAAACAUGAGAGAGCUCUGGAGCUGUUCUGUAGAGAUGAUCAGACGUGUGUGUGUCAGUUCUGCACUGAGACAGACCACAAGAAUCACAACACUGUUACUAUAGAGGAGGAGAACAGAGAGAGGAAGACUCAGCUGGGGAAAACACAGACAGAUGUGCAGCAGAUGAUUCAGGACCGACUGAAGAAGAUCCAAGAGAUCAAACUGUCCAGAAACCUCAUCAAUAAAAACACAGAGAAAGAGAAAGCAGACAGUUUUGAAGCCUUUACUGUUCUGAUUCGCUCUAUUGCAAGAAGUCAUGCUAAGUUGCUGGAGGUGAUGAGGGAGAAGCAGACAGCAGCAAAGAGGCAGGCUGAAGGACUCAUUAAAGAGCUGGAGCAGGAAAUCACUGUGCUAAAGAGGAGAGACACUGAGCUGGAGCAGCUCUCACACACUGAGGAUCAUCUCCACCUCCUACAGAUUUCCUCCUCUAUGUGCAGCCCUCCACACACCAAGAACUGGACUAAGAUCAGUAUUAACACUGAUCUGAGUGAGGACACUGUGAGGUCUGUCCUGUCUCGGCUUCAUCAGAAUCUCAAUAAGAAACUCACUAAAACAUUCAGUGACAUGUUAAAGAAAUCUGUUUCAACAGAUCUGAAGAGGAUUCAGCAGUAUGCAGUGGAUGUGACUCUGGAUCCUGAUACAGCUCAUCCUGGACUCAUCCUGUCUGCUGAUGGAAAACAAGUCACACUUGGAGACACACAACAGGAUCUCCCUGAUACACCACAGAGGUUUAAUGAGUGUGUUAAUGUUCUGGGAAAACAGAGUUUCUCCUCAGGGAGAUUUUAUUAUGAGGUGCAGGUCAGAAGGAACACUGACUGGGAUCUUGGAGUCGCUGCAGAGUCCAUUAACAGGAAGGGAGACAUUACACUGAGCCCUGAGGAUGGAUUCUGGACUGUGGGUCUGUGGGAAGGAAAUCAUUAUGCUUAUGCUGAUUCUGAUGUCCCCCUCACACUGAGAAAGAAGGUGAAUAAGGUGGGGGUGUUUGUGGAUUAUGAGGAGGGUCUGGUCUCCUUUUAUGAUGUGGAGUCCAGAUCUCAUAUCUACUCUUUCACUGGUCAGUCUUUCACUGAGAAACUCUAUCCAUACUUCUGUCCUGGUUUAAAUGAUGAUAGUAAAAACUCUGCACCACUGAUAAUUUCACCUGUAAUUAAGCCUGAAUGAUUUUUUCAAUGAAAAUGAAUACAAAUCAAAAUAUGAAAAAAAAAAUUAUUAAGUAAUUACCUAAUUCCAUAUGUGUUAUUUUAUAGUUUUGAAAUCCCCAGUAUUGUUGUAGAAUGUAGAAAAUAAAUCACUAAACGAAAACAAAGACAUUUGCAAGUGACCCCAAACUUUUGAACGGUAGUGUAUUUCUGUAAUAAUUUUUGCCCAUUUUUUAUGUGCAGUAUUGUAUAUUCAUGCACAUACUGAAGUGACAAAACGUACUGGACUAAA